AUGGCGGGCGAGUGGGGCUCGGCCGAGCAGUGGCGAGCGGUCCUCCCGCAGCACGCCGUGCUCAGCCGCCUCCGCGACCGCGUCCCCACCACCACUGCCGCCACCACCCGGCCGCCGCUCAUCCGCAACCUCCUCCUCGGCCUCGAUGGGGAUCUGCUCCUCUGGGAUGGGGAGUGCAGUGCUCUCCACACCAUUGGCCUCCGCCGCCUCGGCGGGCCCGACCCCACGGGGCUCAGCCGGUACCAGACCCUUCUCUGCAUAGACCCUCCCCUGUUUGAGGUCUACCAGACACUGCUGAGCCCCACCCAGCAUCAUGUGGCUCUCAUCGGCACGAAGGGGCUCAUGGUGCUGCAGCUGCCCAAACGCUGGGGCAAGAACUCAGAGUUUGAAGGUGGGAGAUCCACAGUCAACUGUAGCACAAUUCCCAUUGCAGAAAGGUUCUUCACUAGCUCAACCUCUCUGACCCUGAAGCACGCUGCCUGGUAUCCCUGUGAGACACUAGAGCCCCACAUCGUGCUCCUGACCUCAGAUAACACUAUAAGGUUUUACAAUCUGAAGGUUCCUCAGAGCCCUGUCAAAGUGAUUGCCCUUUCAGACACUGAGGAGGAGACCUUUACAAUCAACAGAGGGAGAGCCUACACAGCGUCGCUGGGGGAGACUGCGGUCGCCUUUGACUUCGGGCCCCUGCUGCCGGUCCCAAAGAGUGUCCUGGGGCAGCGAGGGGGUGAAGAGGUGCUGGCAUACCCCCUGUACAUCCUCUAUGAGAAUGGAGAGACCUUCCUCACCUAUGUUAGCCUGCUUCAGAGCACCAGGAACCUGGGCAGGCUGCUGGGGCCCCUGCCCAUGCACCCCGCAGCAGAGGACAACUACGGCUACGACGCCUGCGCCGUGCUGUGCCUGCCCUGCCUGCCCAACAUCCUGGUGAUCGCCACGGAGGCCGGCGUGCUGUACCACUGCGUGGUGCUGGAUGGGGAGGAGGAGGAGGAGCAGUCAGAAAAGUCUUGGGACCCAAGAUCUGAUCUCAUCCCUUCCCUGUAUGUGUUUGAAUGUGUUGAGCUGGAGCUUGCACUGAAGCUGGCAUCAGGAGAUGAAGAAGAACCUUUGGAGUCUGAUUUCUCUUGCCCAAUCAAACUGCAUCGAGAUCCAAAGUGUCCCUCCAGAUACCACUGCACACACGAGGCAGGUGUGCACAGCGUGGGGCUGACCUGGAUUGAGAAACUGCACAAGUUCCUUGCCUCAGAUGAGGAAGACAAAGACAGUUUACAAGAGCUGGGAGCAGAGCAGAAGUGCUUUGUUGAACACAUUCUUUGUACCAAACCACUGCCCUGCAGGCAGCCUGCUCCCAUCAGAGGGUUCUGGAUUGUCUCUGACAUCCUGGGGCCCACCAUGAUCUGCAUCACCAACACCUAUGAGUGCAUCACGAGGCCACUCCUGAGCACAGUGCAUCCUGCAUCCCCUCCCCUGCUCUGCAGCAGGGAGGAUGAUGAUGUGGAUGCUUCCCCGCUCCGCAUCCUGGCUCAGUCCCAGCACUCCUUUGAGAAGCACAUCCGAGGGAUCCUGCAGCGCAGCUCUGCCAAUCCUCUGCUGCUCAAGUCUGCUGAUCCAGAUGCUGCUCCUCCCCCUGAAGAAUGCCUGCAGCUCCUUAGCAGGGCCACACAGGUGUUCAGAGAAGAAUACAUCCUGAAACAAGACCUGGCCAAGGAGGAAAUCCAGCAAAGAGUGAAGCUGUUGUGGGGACAGAAAAAGAAACAGUUGGAAGACCUCAAUUACUGUCGAGAGGAAAGGAAAAGCCUGCGGGAAAUGGCCGAGCGCUUGGCAGAUAAGUACGAGGAGGCCAAGGAGAAGCAAGAGGACAUCAUGAACAGGAUGAAGAAGGUGCUUCGGAGCUUACAUUCUCAGCUCCCUGUCCUGUCAGACACUGAGAAGGACAUGAAGAAGGAGCUGCAGACCAUCCAUGACCAGCUGCAGCACCUGAGCAACGCUCUCAGACAGGUUAAAAUGAAGAAGGAAUACCAGCAGAAGAAGAUGGAGAAGGGGACUGGCUCCCGGAAACCCAGCAUCACCCUCAGUGCCUACCAGAGCAAGUGCAUCCAAACCGUGCUGAAGGAAGAGGGAGAACACAUCAGGGAAAUGGUGAAGCAGAUCAAUGAUGUCAGAAGCCACAUCAACUUCUAAGCUGUCUCCCAUGAGGAACCUCCACCAGAAGGCUGGAGGAGCUUUAAUUUUCCCUGGUGCCUCCCCUUGUGUAUUUAGCACCACAGCUUUCACUUCCUGUUUUGUAAGGAGGAAGUCUUCAAUAAAAUA